CCGGGUCAAGUUUGUUUAAACGGGUCGACCCGGUUUAUGUUAUACUUCAAAUUACCUAUAUACCUAGUGCCUUCUAAUUUCUAACAUCAUAGCUCUUACAAUAACUUCGAACACUGAACAAGAUUCUUCAUUCAAUUCGAUUUUACUCUCUUGAAUUCUUCUUGCUUUGUUUUUUGCGUUUUAGUAGCUAGUGAAUGUUGUUGGAUAGUUUGAUUCAGGAGAAAAGAAUUUGAGGCAGAGUAAGUGAGGGAGAAAUUAUGGGCAAAGCUUCAAGGGAUAAGAGGGAUAUAUAUUACCGGAAAGCAAAGGAAGAAGGUUGGCGUGCUCGAAGUGCCUUUAAACUCCUUCAGAUAGAUGAAGAAUUCAACAUUUUUGAAGGGGUAAAACGUGUUGUAGAUUUAUGUGCUGCACCAGGCAGCUGGAGUCAGGUUUUGAGUCGUAAACUGUACCUUCCAGCCAAGCUUGUACCUGAUGCAAAGGAUGAAAAUCUUCCUCUUAUAGUAGCUAUUGAUUUGCAGCCAAUGGCUCCGAUUGAAGGUGUUAUCCAGGUGCAGGGUGAUAUAACUAAUGCUCGGACUGCUGAAGUGGUCAUUAGACAUUUUGAUGGUUGCAAGGCCGACUUGGUUGUGUGUGAUGGUGCUCCUGAUGUUACCGGGCUUCAUGAUAUGGAUGAAUUUGUUCAAUCGCAACUCAUACUUGCUGGGUUGACAAUUGUUACUCAUGUCCUGAAGGAAGGAGGGAAGUUUAUUGCAAAGAUAUUUAGAGGAAAGGACACAAGCCUUCUAUACUGUCAGCUAAAAUUAUUUUUCCCGGUGGUGACUUUCGCAAAACCAAAAAGCAGUCGUAAUUCCAGCAUAGAGGCAUUUGCAGUUUGUGAAAACUACUCCCCUCCUGAAGGAUUCAAUCCGAAAGAUCUUCAUCGGCUACUUGAGAAAGUUGGAAGUCCAUCAGGGGUAGAAGAUACAGAUUGUGUUAGUGGGUGGUUGGAAGGCUCUAAUAAGGUGUAUAUCCCAUUUCUAGCUUGUGGGGAUCUCACUGGAUAUGACUCUGAUAGGUCAUAUCCACUACCUAAAGUUGUUGGAGGAACAUAUCAGAGCUUGGAUCCAGUACAACCACCUAUUGCCCCUCCUUACAAGAGAGCCCUAGAGUUAAAAAAAGCCUCAACUCAAGGAUUCAGAGAACAUGAAAAUCUUUCUUUGGAAUCCUGAUCUUGCAUAUCCACUGUUUAUUCAUAAUCCCUUAAAUUCCUUGCUAGCCUUUUGUUGUCACUGUUUUUUUAAAUGAAUACAAAUUAUUUUAUGGAUAAUUAUCCGAACUUAUUAUCUGAUUCACUGGAUAACAACCUUGAUGAUGUUUAAACUGUUUGUAAUCUAAUUAGAUUGAAUUGAGAUUUA